AUGAUGGUCCAUUGCGCAGGGUGUGAGAGGCCCAUCCUGGACCGGUUCCUCCUCAAUGUGCUGGACAGAGCCUGGCACGUGAAAUGUGUGCAAUGCUGUGAGUGUAAAUGCAACCUGACCGAGAAGUGCUUCUCCCGUGAGGGGAAACUCUACUGCAAGACUGACUUCUUCAGGAGGUUCGGUACUAAAUGUGCAGGCUGCUCCCUAGGAAUCUCCCCCAGUGACCUGGUGAGGAAGGCCAGGAACAAAGUCUUCCACUUGAAUUGUUUCACCUGUAUGGUGUGUAACAAACAGUUAUCUACAGGGGAGGAACUUUACAUUAUAGAUGAGAACAAAUUUGUCUGUAAAGAGGAUUAUGUCAGCAACGGUAGUUUAAAGGAGAGCUGCCUUAACUCAGUGUCCUCUUGUACAGACAGAAGUUUAUCUCCAGAUCUGCAAGACCCUAUACAGGAAGAUGGCAAAGACUCAGACCAUUCCACCUCCUCAGAUAAAGAGAUCACAAAUAAUGAAAAUGAGGAGCAGAACUCUGGUACUAAGAGGAGGGGACCUAGGACCACAAUCAAGGCCAAACAACUUGAAACCCUCAAAGCAGCUUUUGCUGCAACUCCCAAACCAACGAGACACAUUCGGGAGCAGCUUGCUCAGGAAACUGGACUCAACAUGAGAGUAAUACAGGUUUGGUUUCAGAACCGAAGGUCAAAGGAGAGGAGAAUGAAGCAGCUCAGUGCAUUAGGUGCCAGAAGACAUGCUUUCUUCAGAAGUCCAAGGCGAAUGCGUCCCCUAGGAGGAAGGCUAGAUGAAUCUGACAUCCUGGCAUCUGGUCCUUACAGCUACUAUGGAGAUUACCAAGGAGAUUAUUAUGGAAGUGGAAAUUAUGACUUUUUCCCACAUGGACCUCCUUCACAGACACAAUCCCCAGCUGAUUCCAGCUACCUACAGAAUUCUGGACCUGGUACAACCCCUCUUGGUCCACUAGAACCACCAAUUUCAGGCCACCACCCCUCAGAAAACCAAAGAUAUGCGGACAUGAUAUCCCACCCUGACACUCCAAGCCCAGACCCUGGGAUGACUGGCACUCUUCAUCCCAUAUCUGGAGAAGUCUUUAGUAGUGGUCCAAGUCCUCCAUUUUCUAUGUCUAGCAACAGUGGAUUUAGUGGCUCUCUACCGCAUCAGAAUCCUGACAUUAAUGAGGGUACAGUAUGGUAA